AUGAAACUUUCCUUUGAGUUAUUAAAUUUGAGACAAAGUUUUAUGAGCUUUGAUACUUUUAAGGGUCCCAUUAUUCUUGGGUUUAUAUGCUAUUAGUGUAGAAUAUUUAAGUUUAUUAUAUAGUUUAUUAUGGUGAAGGAUUUUAUGGAUUAAUCAAGUGUAUUUAUGGAAGAUUAGAUGUUAUUAUGCUUUUGUUUUUUUUCUCCUUAUUUUAAUAUUGGCCAAUCGAAAUUAAAUCCAGAAUAAAAUAUUAUUCAGGAGGUCAUAAACUAACUAAAGAGAAAAUAAGAAAUUAUAAAUUUUGUAGAGUCUAAUUGAAUAAAUAAUAGUAUUCUUACAGCGAAAUAGUAGAUAUAAUAGAAGUAGAAAAUAAAGAAGAAAUAAAUUCUCAUUCAAAUAAAUAAUAUUGGAUAAUUUUUAUGGAAAACAGGUAUAUUUAUGAUGAAGCUAAGGAAUCAUUUAUAAAAGUAAAACCAAAUUCUAAAUUUAAUCUUAAGAAUUUGGAAAAACAUUAAAGAUCAUAUGGAUGUGGAAUCAAUACUUUAUAUUAACCCAUUAAUUUAACUCAUAAUUUAUUAAAUGAAUAAUCCAUUCAACCAUUAUCAUUGUUAUAAAUAUUUAGUGUUUUCUUAUGGCUUUAAGAUGAAAGUACUAUUUAUGCUUUAUUUACUAUGUUUAUGCUUUAUUGUUAAUUCUGUUCGGCAAUCUAAAAUAGAAUAACAAUAUUGCAAAAUAUAAGAGAUAUUUACUAAAAUCCAUAAUUGAUUACUGUAUACCGUGAUAAUUAAUGGAGAUAAAUUUCAUCAUAAUUUUUAGAUCCUGGUGAGGUAGUUAUAUUAUAGACAGCAGAAAAAAUCAAACCUGAUGAAAAUUAUAUGACUCAAUUUUUGUAACCAUAAUAAGCUGAUUUGUUUUAAAAUAAAACUACGAAUGUUGAUUCUUACAAAUAUACACCAUGCGAUAUACUUUUAUUAAAUGGAUAGGCUAUAGUAAAUGAAUCCAUGUUAACAAUGGAUAAUGUUCCAUAAGUUAAGGAAGGAAUCAAUCAAAAUUAGAAUGAAUACUUGGAUAUCAAAGAGAAGCAUAAAUCUAAUGUUAUUUUUUGUGGAAGUGAAAUUAUACAACUAAAAGGUAAUACACAAUAUCCAUCUUAUAUCAAUAAUGAUGAAAAUUAAUCUGAGUGUUUAGGUUUAGUAUUAAGAACCGGAUUUUCUACUGCAAAAGGAAAAUUUAUGAAAACUAUGCUCUACAAUAACUAAGAUGUAAAUAGAAAAUAAAUAGGUGAACUAUUUAUUGCAUUAUUCUUACUUAUUUUUGCUUCCAUUGCAAGUGCUUAUAUCUUCAUUAAUUGCUUCUAAGAAGAAUCUCGAAACAAAUAUUACCUAUUCAUUAGAUGCUUAUUAAUUAUUACUACUGUUGUUCCAUUUUUAUUGCCUAUGAUAUUAUCUAUAACUGUAUAAGAUUCCUUAGAAUUAUUUGAAUUCAAAAAGAUUUUUUGUACAUAAUCAUCAAAAAUUCCUUUGGCUGCAAAGGAAUUUUUUUGGCAUUUGAUAAAACUGCUUCAUUAACUUAUAAUAGAUUGA